GAGUUUUUAGAGAGAGAAAAAGGAGCAAGAACAGGGAGAAAGGGUUUUGUCUUUCUCGUCUCUCCCGUUGAAUCUUAUCACUUUUACAACGAUAACCCCUCCGGCCUUUCUCGUCUCUCCGGUUGAUUUACGCUCGUCUGCUUCUUGAUUCUGGUUCGCCUUCUUUCUCUGUUACCGUAUGUGAAUCGCUCACGGAUCUAUUCAUUUGAUUAGGCAUCACAGAUUGAUUUGAAUCAGUAAGACAGGCAGGCAGUGAUACCAAUUCCGGCUGUCUCCUUUGUCUCUGAUGCGAUCUAUUGUUUUAACCUUCUAGCUUGAGAACUAUGAAGAUUUGAGUUCCAUUUUGGCAUUCGAUGAUUGUUUGUGUACCACACCACCAUUAAUUUGCAGCUUCUUUCUGAGGUUGGAUCUCUUUAGGGAGUUAAUCCAUCUUCCCAGCCGUAGGCUGAGAACACCCAUUGUUGCCUUCCCUUGGUUCAUGUCUCGGGAUUUGGACAGCCCAGUUCAAACCCAAAUGGCUGUAGCAGUUUUUAGAAGUCCUUUAGGGAGGGAGUAUCAUGAAAACAAUCGGAUGGAAGGGGUAAAACCUACGGGCAGGAGACGUGUUUUUGUUCAAACUGAAUCUGGCUGUGUGUUAGGAAUGGAGCUAGAUCGAACUGAUAAUGCCCAUAUGGUUAAGCGAAGGUUACAGAUUGCUCUUAAUUUCCCGAUUGAGGAGAGUUCUUUGAGUUUUGGAGAUAUGAUAUUGAAGAACGACCUUAGUGCCAUUCGUAAUGAUUCCCCUCUUCUUUUAACCAGAAACGUCUUGCAUCGAAGUUCUUCAACUCCUUGUCUGUCUCCCACUGGUAGGGAUAUACACCAGAGAGAUCAGAGUGGGCCUGUCGAGAUCUUGGGGCAUUCGAGUAGUUUUGUGGGAACGAAGCAGAUUGUUGAUGAAGUUGUGAUUGCGAUAAAGAUUGGCAUUGAUCCAAUCCCAGUUCAUAGCGGGCUUGGAGGUGCUUAUUAUUUCAGAAAUAGCAGAGGUGAGAGUGUGGCGAUAGUGAAGCCGACAGAUGAAGAACCCUUUGCCCCAAACAACCCUAAAGGUUUUGUGGGUAAAGCUCUUGGUCAACCAGGGUUAAAGCGUUCGGUUCGUGUUGGUGAAACUGGCUACAGAGAGGUGGCUGCUUACCUUCUUGAUUAUGAUCACUUUGCUAACGUGCCUCCCACCGCAUUGGUCAAAAUUACCCACUCUAUUUUCAACGUUAAUGAUAGUGUAAGUGGGAAUAACAACAACAAACCUGAAAGAAAGAAGAAACUUUAUAGCAAGAUUGCUUCAUUCCAGCAGUUCAUGCCUCAUGAUUUUGAUGCUAGCGACCAUGGAACCUCAAGCUUCCCUGUGUCUGCUGUUCAUCGUAUUGGUAUAUUAGAUAUAAGGAUUUUCAACACAGAUAGGCAUGCUGGGAAUCUGCUAGUUAGAAAGCUUAACAAUGAUGAGGUUGGGAGAUUUAGUGAAGUUGAACUCAUACCCAUUGAUCAUGGUCUUUGCUUGCCGGAAAGUUUGGAGGAUCCGUACUUUGAGUGGAUCCAUUGGCCCCAGGCUUCAAUUCCAUUUUCUGAGGACGAGCUCGAGUACAUUGAGAAACUUGAUCCAUAUCGUGACUUGGAGAUGUUGAGAAGAGAACUUCCGAUGAUACGAGAAGCCUGUCUUCGCGUCUUGUUUCUGUGUACGAUUUUCCUCAAGGAAGCUGCUGCUUAUGGGCUGUGUCUUGCCGAGAUAGGUGAAAUGAUGAGUCGUGAGUUUCGGCGUGGUGAAGAGGAACCCAGUGAGCUUGAGGUGUUGUGUAUGGACGCGAGGAGACUGGUGGCUGAGAAGGUGCCAGAGGUAUUGGUUUUAUCCCCCAAGACUGAAGCAGACGAAGAUGCAUUCCAGUUUGAAAUCGACUAUGAUGAUUCUGCUUUUGACUCUACUCCUAAAUUGUUGGCAAACAACUCUCUUCCUUUCCAGUUUGGGUUUGGGAGAAACCCGCUUUCUAAACUUGAAGAAAGCACGGAAGAUGAGGAAGAAAGUGAAGGAAAUGAAGAGGAAAUGGCAGAUAUAGUGACAAUGAUACCUGCUGUUUCAAAGCUGCCAAUUUCAGUUAAGAACAAGUGCACUUUUGGUGAUGAUACGGGUAGUGGUAGCAGUAAGUCGAAAUCGAGAGGAGAAAAGGGUAGUAGUUAUGUAACGUUGAAUUCAUCAUCUGGACACAGGAGUGCGAAUGAGCUGCUUCCAGGUAGUGCGAGUUUUGUGAAGUUGGCAGACAUGAAAGAGGAAGAAUGGGGUCUGUUUCUGGAGAAGUUUGAAGAUCUGGUUUACGCAGCGUUUGCAAAGCGCAAAUCUAGUGCCAUGGGGCAGAGGCAGAGACAGAGGCUGGGGACUUCUUGCCAGUUUUGAGAUAUAAUGAGAUAGGAUUGAGACUGGAUGUUAUAUGAGCUUUAAUAAGAUGGUGUUUUAGGGUUUAGGGUUUGUAGGACAUGUUGUGUAAAUAUUGUUGCCUUUAGAAGAUGGUGAGUUUCGAGUUUAGUUGCUUCUUUUUUUCAUU